AUGAGUGCUGCAGCGCAGGGGCGCAAGAAGCGCCCCAGGUCCGCCGGCUCGGUCUUCCCGGGCGGCAAGACGCCGCUGCACGGCAGGGACGCGGAGCGGCGGGGCAGCGCCUCCGAGGGCGCCCGCAAGCCCCAGAGGGCCCUGGACGACUGCAAGAUGCUCGUCCAGGAUUUCAAUACCCAGGUGGCUCUGUACCGUGAAUUGGUCAUUUCCAUUGGGGAUGUAUCAGUCACUUGUCCAUCUCUACGUGCUGAAAUGCACAGGACUCGAACCAAAGGAUGCGAGAUUGCCUGUCAGGCACACCAAAAGCUAGCAGCAAUUUCUGGCCCAGAAGAUGGUGAGAUUCAUCCUGAAAUCUGUAGACUAUAUAUCCAGUUGCAGUGCUGCUUAGAAAUGUACACGACAGAGAUGCUAAAAUCCAUAUGCCUACUAGGAUCGCUUCAGCUUCAACGGAAAGGGAUGGAGACUUGUGCUGCUGCAAAGGCUGGAGACAGUAAAGUAGAGGAGAGUUCAGAAGUUCCUAUUUUAGAAGAUACAUCGUCACCCACAGACAUCCAGCAACAUCUAUGGCAGGUUUCCACCGAUAUUGAAAACAUAGAUAGAGAUAUGAGAGAAAUGAAAAACCUUUUAAGCAAACUCAGGGAGACAAUGCCUUUGCCAUUGAAAAAUCAAGAUGAUAGCAGCCUCCUAAACUUGACUCCUUAUCCGUUAGUGCGAAGACCGAAGCGAAGAUUCUUUGGACUCUGCUGUCUUGUCUCAAGCUAGAAGACCCAGUGCAGAAGUGCGCAGAUAACCAUAGCCAAUACAAUUGACCUUCAGCUGGAUAAACCUAAUGCUCUAACUUAAAAUGUAUGUUUUCUACACUGCCCUAAUUCUAUCUCUUCCUCUCCUUUUCAAGAGUUUUACAGAUUGUCGCUGACCAGAACCAAAUCGGGAAAUCAAUUUAACAUUAUUAAGAAUAUUUUUAAAUGUUUUUUUAAUGGCAUACUGCUUGUCUGUUUGAAAUCAUUCUGUGAUUAGAGACAAAUAUUACGAUUAUUAAAUAAAACCUGCAGAAAUUUUUAUUUGGUGUACAAAACCACAACAGUCGAUUGUGUACAGUACAAUAGUAUGACUGUAGCUCUUGCUAGUAUGAUGUUAAAAUAUAUUAAGCAAU